GGGUGCGAGGCCGACCGGUUUUUGGAGGACAGGUUGUUCACUGAGGUUAUCACCGCAUCGCCUCAUCCGACACACCGAGUUUAACGCCAGACCACAUGAACCCGGGACCCGGCUGCGGCAUUAGGCGCUACAUGUGAUUAUUUGUGGGAAGACGGACGGACUGACUCACGACAUGUCAGGGUUAAGAUGUCACAUGUCGCUUCCUGUGUCCGCGGGUGUCCUGCUGGUGGGCCUCCCGUACUCCAUCUCUCUGGCUGCCCAAUGGCUGUAUGGCUGGCCCAACAAGCCGGGAUAUAAGAAGUACAUAGAAGCUCUAAAACCAAGGCGAAUAUACUGUUUGACCAGAGCUGUGCUGGAAACUCUGAAGUAUCUACAAUAUGGGAGGCUUUACUUUCAGUGGAAGUCAUGGUACAAGAACAACGAAAACCGAAAGCAUUAUGAAAAGGGCAUCGUAUUUGGCCGCAGAAGCAACAAGCUGGACUUGUACCACCCUCCAGACGUGAGCAGGUCUAAAGAUGUCCCUGCGCCGCUGGUGGUUUUCAUCUACGGAGGUGCGUGGGGCUCCGGAGACAGAUCCAUUUACUGUUUGCUGGCGAGGCGGAUGGCGGAGGAGCAUGCAACUGUCAUUUGUCCCGAUUACUUCACCUAUCCAAAGGGGAACGUUUUAGGGAUGGUCCAAGAUAUUGCUGACUGCUUGGUUUGGGCUCAAGAGAGUGGACACAAGUUCAACUUUGACAAGGACAACAUAGUACUAAUUGGCCAUUCAGCAGGUGCACAUUUGUGUGCACUGACCACACUGUUUCUCAUUGAUGCAAGAGAGGAGCUUUUCAUCGAGGCCAGCAAGCUGAGGGACGUUACAUCGGCAAUAAGAGGAGUUAUUGGUCUGAGCGGCGUGUACAACAUCAUGGACCAUUAUGAGCACGAGCAGAGGCGAGCGGUCGAGUUUGUCUCCACCAUGCACAAAGCCAUGAAUGGAGUGGAGAACUUUCCGUAUUACUCACCAACACACAUACUCAACACGUUUAGCCGAGACCAACAAAACAGAGUGCCUCCGUUCGCUUUGCUCCAUGGGACCAAUGACAUUAUCGUUCCUGUUGAAUCUUCCACAAAGUUUCACGACCUCCUCACCUCGCUGUCCAUAAAGGUGUCGCUCUACCUGCUGCCCAGAGUCGACCACACUGAGAUAGUCACCGACCUCAUGGCGUCAGACCGGCACUUCUACCAUCCCAUCUACAGCUGCAUCAAACAGGAGUACAACAAACUUUCGGGAACCUGCUGACGUCCCUUCAGAACAUCAGACAAACUGUCAUUCAUCACUGAUAAUUUACUGAUUGUGCCAUUAACUCUGUUUACAGUUUCUGCUCUAAUACCUCAACGUGAAUCCUGUUCAGCCUUGAUUUUAACUUUAUUGUGAUUCCAUGAUUAUAAUUUAUAUUUUGAUCAGACUGUAAUUGAGUAAAUCCUGGGGUUGUUUCUGAUUCAUUUUUUCAUCUACAUUAUUGAAAAAAAAAGGUUCUUGGUGGACUGCAAUCUGGAAAAACAACGUUCUUAUAAAAAUUUUAUCCAGAUUGCAGUAACACUGUUAUUAAAAAGAGUAAAGCACACUGAUACAUAGUAUUGAAAUGGGUCCAGUUACAGUCCAUACUUCUGUUUCAGACCAACUAUGUCCUAAAGACACUGCCACAUUUUGAUUCAUUAACUCAUGUUAUCAUAUUUGCAUUAAAUUAAACUUAAAUUGUAUUAUCUUUUCUUGAAUACCUAUUAUUGAUAUCAGACACAUUAAACCCUCCUGAAGGAACUGA